UCUGACGUCUUUUCCCAUAUUUUGACCACAUUGUGUACCGUGUAAACAAGGGGACCGCAACUACGUCACGCGAAUGUAAACAAAUAUGUAGCCAGCUUGUCUCACUGGUAUCUUACGCAAAUAGAUAAGACAUUUAUAUAAUAAGGACUAAAUCAUUGGAAAUCAGUAUUAUUGUAACACCAGUAGAGAACUUACCUACAGAUUUACGAGUAUAAAAACUUGGUACCACUUUAAAUAAUAGAGGAAGUACGAGUAAAAUACUAAGAACCAGUUUUAAAUCAUAAAAAGAAGCGUCUAUGAAAUGAAGUUUCAAGUUGUCUUCGCUUUUCUGCUCCUUAUAGGAGUCUGCUACGGCAGAGCUAUAGGCUGGACGAACAAAGAUGGUUCAGAGCAGCCAGAUAUACCCUUGGAUUUUCUGCAAAACGUGAAACCAUCUCGCUUCGUGCCCAUCAACAGCGCGCUGUUCUUCCGGAGAUUCGAGCCCUGUCAGGAGGGCUACCAGCGUGACGUCCUGGGAAUAUGCCGAGAAGUUUGGGACUAAUAAUUCUUCUAGAA